AUCAGCACAUGGUUGGCUCGUCCCCACACAAGAACCCAGGCCGCUACCGCCACGCCGAGGCCAUCCUCGGAAAGGACCUCGUCGACCGUCUCGCAGACACCAAAGUCCUCCUUGUUGGUGCAGGUGGCAUCGGCUGCGAACUCCUAAAAAACAUCGUCCUCACCGGAUUCGGACACAUCACGCUCCUCGACCUCGACACGAUCGACCUCUCCAACCUGAAUAGGCAGUUUCUGUUCAAGAAGAAGGAUGUGAAGCAGAGCAAAGCCCUCGUGGCUGCAGCCACAGCAGGCCCGUUCAACCCCAACGCGCAUAUAUACCCCAUACACGGCAACAUCAAGGAGCCCCAAUUCGACAUUGAAUGGUUCAAGGGGUUCGACAUCGUCCUGAACGCGCUCGAUAACCUCGACGCACGAAGACACGUCAACAAGAUGUGCAUGGCCGCCGGCGUACCCCUCAUCGAGUCCGGCACCGCAGGAUACCUCGGCCAGGUCCAGCCGCUCGUCAAGGACCGCACAGAGUGCUUCGACUGCGUCGCGAAGCCGACGCCCAAGUCGUUCCCCGUGUGCACGAUCCGCUCGACGCCGUCGCAGCCUAUACACUGCAUCGUGUGGGCGAAGAGCUAUCUGCUCCCGCAGCUGUUUGGCGAGGACGAGGACGGGAGCGAGCUCGAUGAGGCUGAGAAGCAUGGAGAGAACGCGCAAGAAAUCGCCACCCUGCGCAAAGAAGCCCUAGCAUACAAGGCCGUCCGCAAAGCGCUCCGCUCACCCGCAACAUCCGCCGACGCAGCCCGCAUGGCAUUCCAAAAGGUCUUCAACACGGACAUCCUCAACCUCCUGAGCAUGUCCGACAUGUGGCGCACGCGCCCAAAGCCGACGCCGCUCGACUUUGACCUCAUCCAGAACGGCGCGUUCAGCUUCCUCACGCAGCCCGCCGCCGCGGGGUCCAGCGCGUCGUUCACAGGCUCGCACGCGCUCGCGAACGGCGUUGCGGAUCUCUCUGUGGACGACUCUUCCAGCAUCGCUGGCACGAGCGCCGCUGCGGGAUCGACGGGCGCUGAUGGCUCUACGAGUGCGCCGGCGAACGGAGGAGGCGGGCUCAAGGACCAGCGCCGGCUGAGUCUGCAGGACAAUCUCGCGAUGUUCAUCGGGAGCGCGGACCGGCUCGCGGCGCGCUUAAGGGCGGGGGAGGACACGAUCGGGUUCGAUAAGGAUGAUGACGAUACGCUGGAUUUUGUUACUGCGUCUGCGAACUUGCGCGCGUUUGCGUAUGGGAUUGGGAGGAAGACGAGGUGGGAGGUUAAAGAAAUGGCGGGCAACAUCAUCCCCGCGAUCGCGACGACGAACGCGAUCGUCGCGGGCGUGAUCGUGCUGCAGGCGCUGCACGUCCUGCGGCGCGCGUGGAAGGACCUGCGCAAUGUGCAUCUGCAGUUCAAGCCCGCGGUGCCGCUCAGCACGAUCCGCAUGUGCGCGCCGAAUCCGCGCUGCGGGGUGUGCAGGGAUAUGUAUGUGUGUGUGCGUGUGGAUCCGGCGCGGGUGACGUUGCGGGAGCUUGUUGAGGGGAUUUUGGGGGAUGGGGAGCGUGAGAGUCAGAGCAGUGAGGAUGGGGAUGGGGGGAAGGGAGGGACGGGGCCGAGGGAUGUGAGCGUGUAUGAGGAUAAGCGGGUGCUUGCGGAUCCGGAUUGGGAGGAUAAUAUGGAUAGGACGCUGGAGAGUCUGGGUGCGGGCAGGGGUAAGUUUGUGACGAUUGUGGAUGAGGAGGAGCAGGUGGGCACGGUUGCUGUGGGGCUCGCUGCGUUGCCACCAAAUCACCCACAAGACGCACCCGCGCUCAUCCUCCCCUCGCCGCUCCCCGUCCCGCCGAAAUUCAUCAAGCUCCCGCCGGUAACGCCCGCGUCGCCCGAGAAAACGCCCGCGCAGGCGCUCGCUGGUACGUCGCUCAAGCGCCGCGCGCCCACAGACGACGACGGGAUCAUCGCCAUCGACGACGAGGGCAGCGGGCCGCCGGAUGCGAAGCGCGUUAAAGUCGGUGGGGGGCCCAACGGUCAUGGCCACGCGCAUGUGCAUACGCACGGGCGGAGCGCCGGUAACGGCAAUAGGAAGGCAAGGGCGGCGGGGGCGCCGGAGGCGGGGCAGGAGAGUCCGAGUAAAAGGCGGAGGCUGGAGGAGGAUGGGUUGGUGUUGCUUGAGGGGGCUGGGGGGAGGAUGGUGGAUGAUGUUAUUGAGAUUGAGUAGGUUGGGGGUGGGUGCUCUCUCUCGGUGUGUUGCUCGUUCGACUUGCCCUUGACGUUGAGGAUGGUGCGUGCUUUGGGCAUGGCUGCAGAGGAUCGAACGGUGCAGGGAGAUGAAGGGGUGAAGGCGUGUAUAUUAGGUGGCGGGCGGAGAGUGUAUAUUUUGCUAGGCUAGGCUACUAUGAUGUUUAGGGUACUCUAUCUUGUUGACGUGUGCUGUUGCAGUGCGCGUCUUGAUCUUUUCGUUGUCGUAAUGUAAUGCUCUA